AGUAAUGGCACCAAGCUAGUUUGACAAUAUUUUUAUUCUCCUAAACUUAUGGGGUAUAUCGACUUUUUUUCCUAAAAGUAUUAUACCCGUGUUUAAAUCUAUAACUUUGGACGGAGAUAGUAAUAUAUUUCGAGUCAACACUAGAUUAAGAAAAUAAAUUGAGAUUUAAAAGGAAAAUGCACCAACACAUAUGGGCCGCUAUUGUCCAUGUGGUCCAUGAGGUCCUCUCGAACCCAGCCGACGAACGAGCUUGUGCGCCUUGGCUCCUAACGCCGCCGGCUGGCCGGCCGCCGGCGGCGGCGGCGGAGGAGAAGCCCAGGCUGUUGACGACGGCGCGACGACGGCGCCGGCGCAGAUCCACGUCGGUCAUGUCGCAGACAACCGCACCCAUGUCCCGCCGCCGUCUCUCCUCCAUCCUCGCCAGCACCGCCACCGCCUCCUCCACGGCGGCGUCGACCACCACCGCGGCGACGGCAUCGCCGGCACGCCCAUCCCCUCCCGCCCACGCCGCGUUCCGGGAGCGUCUGCGGUCGGGAACGCUCGGUCCCGACGACGCGCGCCACCUGUUCGACGAAUUGCUGCUUCGCCGCGACGCCCCCGCCCCCGCGCGAGGCCUCAACGAGCUCCUCUCCGCGCUCGCCCGCGCGCCGCCCUCCGCCGCCUGCAGGGACGUCCCAGCCCUCGCCGUCGAGCUGUUCAAACGGAUGGACCGGUGCGCCUGCCCCGAGGCCGCUCCCACCAUCUACACCUACAACAUCCUCAUCAACUGCUACCGCCGCGCGCGCCGCCCCGACCUCGGGCUCCCCGUCUUCGGCCGCUUGCUCAGGACGGGCCUGGGGCCGGAUGUGUUCUCGUACAACGCGCUCAUCGACGGAUUCUCUAAGGAGGGCGAGGUGGACAAAGCUCACGACCUGUUCUACAAGAUGGAAGAACAGGGCAUCAUGCCAAAUGUGGUGACUUACAGCUCGCUGAUCAAUGGGCUGUGCAAGACGAAAGAAAUGGACAAGGCCGAGAGGGUUCUACGACAGAUGGUCGGCGCUGGUGUUCGGCCUAAUAAUAUGACUUACAACUGCUUGAUCCAUGGAUACUCCACUUCAGGAAUGUGGAAGGAGUCGGUCAGAGUGUUCAAAGAGAUGUCGAGCUCCCUUCUCGUACCGGAUGUCGGCAAUUGUAACUCCUUCAUGACUGCUCUUUGCAAGCAUGGUAGAAUCAAAGAAGCAAGAGAUAUUUUCGAUUCGAUGGUUCUGAAGGGCCCCAAACCUGAUGUUAUCUCCUAUGGUGCUCUGCUUCAUGGUUAUGCUACUGCGGGAUGCAUAGCUGGAAUGGAUAAUCUCUUUAAUGUGAUGGUAUGUGAAGGCGUCGUACCUGACCGUCAUGUUUUCAACACACUGAUUAAUGCAUAUGCUAGAUUGGGGAUGAUGGAUAAGUCCCUGCUUAUGUUUGAAGAUAUGACGAAGCAAGGCGUGAACCCUGAUAUAAUCACAUUUUCAACUGUGAUAUCCGCUUUUUGCAGACUGGGUAGGUUGGAUGAUGCUAUGGAAAAAUUCAAUCACAUGAUUGAUACUGGUGUACCUCCGGACACAGCUGUUUACAGUUGUCUGAUUCAGGGUCAAUGUAAUCGUCGUGAUUUGGUGAAAGCCAAGGAAUUGAUUUCUGAUAUGUUGAGCAAGGGCAUUCCUCCUCCUUGCAUCAAGUUCUUCACCUCGAUUAUAAACAACCUAUGUAAGGAAGGAAGGGUAGCGGAAGGGAAAGAUGUCGUGGACUUGAUUAUACAUACCGGUCAGAGGCCUAAUCUUAUUACGUUCAAUUCACUGGUAGAUGGAUAUUGCUUAGUUGGCAAUAUGAAGGAAGCUGUUGGAUUACUUGAUUCUAUGGAGUCGGUUGGUGUUGAACCUGACAUUUAUACAUAUAACACACUUGUUGAUGGUUAUUGUAAACAUGGAAGGAUUGACGACGCGUUGACUCUAUUCAGAGAUAUGUUGCACAAGAGAGUGACACUUACAAGUGUUUCAUACAACAUCAUUCUCCAUGGGUUAUUUCAAGCUAGGAGGACAAUUGUUGCAAAGGAAAUGUUCCAUGAGAUGAUUGAAAGUGGAAUGGCCGUGAGCAUUCACACAUAUGCUACUGUUCUUGGAGGACUUUGUAGAAAUAACUGCACCGAUGAAGCUAACAUGCUGUUGGAGAAAUUGUUUUCUAUGAAUGUUAAGUUUGAUAUCCUUACUUUCAAUAUUGUGAUUAGAGCAAUGUUCAAAGUUGGCAGAAGGCAAGAAGCUAAGGAAUUGUUUGCUGCUAUCUCUACCUAUGGGUUGGUGCCUACUAUACUUACCUAUAGGGUGAUGAUAACAAAUCUUAUAAAAGAGGAAUCAUUCGAAGAUGCUGACAAUCUUUUUUCAUCAAUGGAGAAGAGUAGCUGUACUCCUGACUCUCGCAUAUUAAAUGAGAUCAUUAGAAUGUUACUCAAUAAAGGUGAGGUUGCCAAGGCUGGAAAUUAUUUGUCUAAAAUUGAUAAGAAGGGUAUCUUGCCUGAAGCUACAACCACUUCCUUGUUAAUUUAUCUAUUUUCAGUGAAUGGGAAAUAUCGAGAAUACAUAAAAUUGCUCCCUGAAAAGUAUCGUUUUCUAAGGGAGCAAGCUGCAGUUGAUAAUUGUAUCUGAAUUUAAAUCCUCAGAAGUGCAGAGGCUGAGUUAAGAGCUAUGGCCCUUUUGACAGCAGAGGUUACUUGGCUACGAUGGUUACUUGAGGAUUUUGGUGUUUCCGUGACUUCACCGACUUCUUUAUUGUCGGACAAUACAUGUGCUAUUAGUAUUGCUCGUGAUCCUAUAAAACAUGAGCUUACUAAGCAUAUUUGUGUGGAUGCCUCGUAUACCCGCACACAGGUACAUGAUCAGGUGGUUGCUCUUCAGUACGUGCCUUCCGAGUUGCAGCUAGCUGAUUUCUUUACAAAGGCACAAACUAGAGCUCAACACAGGUUCUAUCUCUCCAAACUCAGUGUUGUUGAUCCACCCUGAGUUUGAGGGGGGGGUGUUAGAUGUGUAUUAGAUAGGUUGUAUUUAUGGUUUUAUGUCUUUUGGCUUUCCAUGUUCCUGUCUUUUGGUUUUCCCUGUAUCUGUAUAUAUAUUUGGGCUAUUGCCCUCUGAUGAAUACAAGUCGUGUUCAUAACAGUGUGCUUAGUAGCUCACCCCAUUGGCCCUGUCACGAUUAUUUCAUUGUCACAUAGAAUCCUGUACAAUCUUUCUGAGCCUGAUGAACUGCUGACAGAGCCAAGAGCCAUGGUCCCAAAGUGGUAAAGUUCUUUUUGUGACAUCAGUUGUAUAUAUUUGGAACUGUGUAUCACUCUUCAAGAUCUCUUUUUUGUUUUGCAGUCUAAAAAAACAAGUCUAUGAAAUCAGUAUAUUGAUAUAGAAUUGGGAAACACUGUGGGACUUCAAUCGCUUCUGCUAUUCUGUAGUAAUAAUAAUAGGAUAAGUUCUGUAGAAUAUUUUGUGACAUGCCAUGCCUUUCAUUAGUAUAGUAAUGAUAAUAAAGAUAUCAUAAGAUUAGAUGGGUCAACUGUUAAACUUGGCAUGCCCCACAGGUGCUCCAGCACGUGCACUUCAAUGUUGCAUUGGAAUUUGCUCCUGGUAGAAUGCAACAAUUGUAGAAGCACCAAAGGAUUGUAGAAAGGAAUAAAACUAUAUCAUUUAUACCUUGUGGAUCCUCUGGAGAGGACCUUCCAAAAUGUGCCUCUCGAGUUCCAAGAAGUCAUCAGACUCAUCCAGUUAGAGGUUUGACCGGAUCGUUUCUAGGAUUGACCUAUCUAAUUCGUGCCCCUGUUUGUGGUUACUCUGUUUUUCAGUAACGGUGUGUUGCAAUCUCACUAGUUGUGCGCUUUACAAUAUUCUCACUUGUUGUUUCUAGCCACUGGAACAAUCUUUUCCUUUGUAAAAUUCUGUUUCCAUUUCACAUUUCUAUAGGAAUUCCAAUGCCUUUGUCGCAUAUGGUGGCUGUAACUGUUGAUGCUGUUUUAGAUGAUUCAUACACUAUGUCUGUAAUAUUUUCGUGCCAACUUUGUUAUGGGCUAAUUUGGUGAAAUAGCAAUAGAUUGGUUUAGGCUGCAGGGAGAAGAUAUUUCUUUACCCUAUUUUCCCCAAGUGACUCCCUUAAGCUUUUUAUAAACAAACUCCACAGAUAACUUGGUAAUAAGGAUACCAUUUUGCAUUUUGUUAGUUGCUUCCAAUGUACCUGAUUUGCUGCCCUUCCCAUGACAGGUGAAGCAUGGUGCAUAGAGGUGAGAUGAGUACUCACUGUCACAGUAUGAUUUCUUCUGCACCUUUAUUGAUGAAAGCUUACAUGGAAGCUUCAACUAUUUUCUGUUUGGUGCACUCCAUUUCAUCAGUAUGGCUUGUGGAACAGGUCAGAUGGUGUUCAGAUUUCAGUAUGGUUUCUUCUGCCGAUGAGAAUGCAGAAGGUUCAACUACAUUCCAGUGUAAGGAAAAUUCGAGAAGGGGCACUGCUUGGUGACCUGGAGCUCGGUUUGCUUGCCUAUCGAGAAUGGGGGGCUGCACAUCAAGGACUUAAACCUCUUUGAGCAAGCUUUGCAGCUCAGGUAGUUGGCGCAAAAAGUGAACAGACUGAAUGACCAUGGGCGUUUCCUGUGUGUGUUAAAACAGCCAAUAGAGAUGCAAGACCUCUUCUUUUCAGCAACAGAAAGUGUGGUAGGUGAUGGAAGGAACACAGAUUUCUGGAGGACCAAUUGGCUAGCAGGGGAGUCAUUAAAUCUGCACGGCCAACUUAUUUCAGUUAUCAGCAAAACUGAUCCGACGGUUGCAUAAGGGUUGCAGAAUCACAGAUGGGUGAGGGACAUUCAGGGGGCUCUGUCAAAAAGGGCGAUAGGUGAUCAGUUUGAUCUCUGGGAUGCCAUUCAGGAUGUUGAGUUACGUCCAGAGGAAUGGGACAGGACAAUCUGGAAGAUGGCAGUGGAUGGGCAAUUCUCUGUUUCGUCGGCCUACAGUAUUCAUUACCAAAAUGAGAGUGUGUUGUGGCAAACUGAUCUGGCAAACAAAGGUUCUGGUGAGGGUGAAAUUAUUUAUGUGGUUGGCAGAAAAAUGGCGAUGUCUCCCAGCGGACAAUCUACUGAAGAGAGGAUGACCUCAACAGCAGGCAUGCAUGCUCUCUCUGUAUGGUGGCGAAUGAGGAUUAUCGCCAUCUGUUUGUGAAUUGUACUACGUGAACAUAAUCUGGAUGCUUAGAGGAUGGGUGAGCAUCUCUUUUCAACUGCAGGGCGAGAUGGACAUGGAGAUAGGACAGUGAUACCUGAAAGCACGGUUCCAUUUCCGGAACAGCUACAGGAAGUCAUUCGACAUGGCUGAUUUGAAAAGGAAUGUAAAGAGUGUUCAACCAGCGAUCGCGCACAGCUGGUGACAUUGUUUCGGUGAAAUUUCCAUUUGGAAAGAGGCGGGAGUGUUCAAACCAUCAAAGAGUAAUCUGCCGUAGUGUUUCCAUGUUUAUGUUGAGGUUGAUCUAGUUACCAACCUCACCCCGAUUUUGACAGCUUUCUGUUAAUGUCUUUGUAAAAUGUAGUAACAUUUAACCCCUUUCAAUCUUACUAAUGUUAUUGUAUAUGGUAAUUCUGCUGACACCUAGUUUAUGAAGCUACAAACCCAUGCCAAAUAAUAGUAGCUCUUGAGGCCUGGUGUGGAUCCACAUACAAGUGGUAUGCAUCUCAUAGCUAGGAAACCAAGGCAAUUUGAAAUAUUUUGUGAUUUUGUAGCAUUAAGCACAUAUAUUGAGUACUAGAAUUGUGAGUA